AUGGAGGCGAAUCGCCCUCCCUCCGCUGAGUCCUUGCAGGCGAACUCCGUCCUCCUCAGAAUUAUCCACUGGGAUAAGCUCUUCGAAUGCGACAGCCCCCCGCGGUUAGGAAUUGACGUCAGCCAGCGAAUCCCCUACGCUACAAUGUCUGCCUUUAUGACCGGCUCUAUGUUGGGAUACUACCACGGCAGCAAAAAAGCGGGCUUCGUGUUUCGGGCGGAAAAUGCGCAUCGCUUCCCUACAUCCUCCACCGGAUGGUUCCAGUACCAUAAAACGAAGAACUACAUCAGUGUAGUAGGCGGAGUGAAAGAUGGCGUGAAGAUGGGAUUGAAGCUCGGCGCAGGUGCUCUCACAUUCUGUUUGUUCGAGGAGACGGUGGACUAUGCCCGACAUGAAGAAAGAGACUUUUUAUCGACCGUCACCGCCGGCUUAUCCUUUUCAGGAAUCUACAGCUUGCUGUCCCGUCACGAUGUCUACACCGCCGCUCGUACUGCAAAGCUUGGAUUGAAACUCAGUUUGACUUAUGGACUUUUGCAAGAUGCCCUCGAGGCUAUGAAAGGGAACCGCCCGGCGUAUAUUGACUUCAUCAUGGGCACCCGUCGGUCAAGAGUUGAAAAGGAAGGAUCAAUCUGA